AUGAGUCUUACCACCGUCGACCACUCGUUUCCUUUAAGAGAGGACGCUUUUAAGCCUCCGCCGGACGUCGUGGUGACACCUUGUGACCCUUUGCCUAGACCAUAUUAUAUCGAGGGUGGCUUGCGCAGAGUCGCACCAUAUCACUUCACUUAUAAUACUUAUUGUAAAGAACGGUGGCGGGGAAGAGGGUUGUUGGAUGUUUUUGGAACAGAAUUUAGAGAUAGGCCUCGCGAGUAUUAUAAAAAAGCUAUUGAAGACGGCGCCGUAUGCAUAAACGGAAAGGCAGUUACAAUAGAUACGAAAAUUCAAAAUGGCGACGUGAUUUCGCAUACCCUCCACAGACACGAACCGCCGGUCACCAGUCAACCGAUUGGUGUAAUCCACGAGGACAAUGACAUGAUCGUGAUUGAUAAGCCUGCAGGGGUACCUGUCCACCCUGCCGGAAGAUAUAAUUACAAUUCAGUUCUUGAGAUAAUGAAGGCAGAGCGGGGACACGGAUGGGUUCCUUAUCCAUGUAAUCGCCUCGAUAGGUUGACGUCGGGUGUUAUGUUCGUCGGUAAGCACCCCAAGGGUGCCGAACAAAUCGGAGAAAAGCUUCGUUCACGCACUGUGCGGAAGGAAUAUGUCGCACGGGUGAAAGGGAAAUUCCCAGAUGGCGUGGUAUUGUGUGAUCAACCUAUGUUGAAAAUCAGCCCAAUUCUUGGCCUCAACCGAGCAAGAGCUUCAGGAAAGGAAGCUAGAACAAAAUUCCGUAGAAUCGCAUAUUAUCCACCGUAUGAACCAGCGGAGAAAAGCUCAGUUUCGUCAACUGAACCGGCCACCCCACCUGCCACUCUGCCAGAUGAAAUGAAUAUCAGCAACUCAUCAACCGCUACGCCGACGGGAGUGGCUACUCCUGUUCCCAAGAGUUCAGAUGAGGAAGGCUACAGCAUCGUCCAUUGCCUCCCGUUAACCGGGCGUACCCACCAAAUCCGUGUCCACCUUCAAUAUUUAGGAUAUCCAAUAACCAACGACCCGAUCUACUCCAACCGGCGAGUUUUUGGCCACAGUCUUGGCAAAGCAGAUGCAACCGGAGACAACGACGAGCAGAUAAUAUACCGGUUGUCUAAAAUGGGCAAGACUGAGCCCGCUGACUCCCUCAGUUACCAAACUUUCCAAGCACCUCCGCCCGAAUCAGUCACCAACAAUGACCCUGCCGUUGUGGAUGACCUGCUAGCCAAAGAACAUGAAGUGAUGGUUAACGACUAUCUGAAACGCAAAGGGGAGAAGAUGAACGGAAAACAGUGCGAGACGUGCGGAACGGAGCUGUACACUGAUCCAGGCGUGCAUGAGUUGGGAAUUUUCUUGCAUGCCGUGGCGUAUGCAGAUGUCACUGGGGCAUGGAAGUACAAGAGUAAAAUGCCUGGAUGGGCAUUACCUCCUGAGGGCAUGGAGGGUCCCACUAGUCCCCCGGAUUGGGUAGAUGAUGGAAACGAGGAAGUCAUAGGAAAAGGACAGCAUGGGGACGCAGCAUUGGUGGAGGGGCUAGGUGCGGUGAACUUGCAGGAAUUGGUUGAUAAGGAUAAGAAAGAGGUUUAG